UCUACACAGGAAAUGGUAUAACACAGGCAUCUUGAGAUCUUAUACUUGAUGUUGAAAUUCUAUCUUACCUGCAAUGAGAUUCCAGUAUGUUUUUACAGACAACAUUAAAUUGGCAUACAGUUUGUGCAGCUGCAAAGUACUUAAGAGGGGAUUCAAAUCCCUUCCAUCCAGCCGUUGCCCGCCAAAAUGAACGCAUAGUUAAGAAAUCACACUCUCAAACUCACUUGUCACCAUGAACCGUCACUUUUGUUGCUUGUCGCUUUCGAAUUUCCAAUCACGAAUCUCUUCAAACUCUUACCUUUCUUUUCAUCUCCUACCUUCUCAAACUACCAGAAACCCAAAAUCACGUCCAAAUUAUCAUCUUUCCUCCUUAAUGCCACUAGAACAGACCAAUAGAUUCACUUUCAACAAUCAAAAACCCCAGCAAGAGCCCAGCCACGUGUACAAUGAUAUUUUCCACUGCUACCAUGGCUCUUGCAAUCCCGGUGAUGCCCAAAGCCUCCACCUUCAGAUUAUCAAGAAAGUUCCUCAAGAUUUGUUCCUAUCGAACAGUUUGGUCAAUCUAUAUGCAAAGACAGGGUAUCUAGACUAUGCACAACAAGUGUUUGAUGAGAUGCCUGAGAGGAACAGUGUUUCCUGGACAUGCUUGAUUGCAGGAUAUUCCCAGCAGGCAUUGCCUGAGAAAGCCUUGCAACUUUUCAAAUCAAUGUAUUCAACUGGGUUAGUGCCAACACAGUUUACUUUUGGUAGCAUUAUUCGAGCAUGUCAGGACUUGGACUCUCAUACGUCAAGUCUUGGCAAACAGAUUCAUGCCAUGGUUAUGAAAAGUAAGUAUUCCCUCGACACUGUGGUGCUGAAUUCAUUGAUAUCAAUGUAUGGAAGCUGCCUUUUUGAACCAAAAAGAUAUGCAGAUGAAGUGUUCAAUGGCAUACCAGUAAGAAAUGCUAUGUCAUGGAAUUCAAUCAUAUCUGUGCAUGCUCAGAGGGGAGAUGCUGCUUCUGCUUUUGACUACUUCUCGAGGAUGCAGUCUGGAUUGGAUUCUAGCUUCGAGCCAAAUGAAUAUACAUUUGGGAGCUUGAUAGCAGUUAGUUAUGCUAGUUCUUCAUUCAGUAUGGUGUCUUUUAACUUUUACUUAAUCAAACAGAUAUUAUCAAGAGUUUCAAAGUCCGGCCUUUUGUGUGAUCUAUAUGUUGGUAGUGCUAUGGUUAGUGCAUUUUCAAGAUACGGCAUGUUUGACAUUGCUAGAAAAGUCUUGCUCGAGUUGAGUAAUAGGAAUUCAGUUUCUGUCAAUGGUUUGAUGCUUGGACUUAUCAAGCAAAAUCAUGGAGAAGAGGCAACAGAAGUUUUUCGGGAGGCAGGAGAUCUGGUUAUGAAAAAUUGUGAUUCUCAUGUUGUUCUUCUAAGUGCAAUGGCCGAAUUUGUGAACUUGGAGGAAGGGAGAAGAAAAGGGAGUGAGAUACAUGGUCUUGUAAUUAGAAAUGGCCUCAUUGAUUGUAAGAUUAACGUGUGCAAUGGACUUCUUAACAUGUAUUCUAAAUGCGGCGCCGUAAACAAAGCUCUCAGGGUUUUUAAAUGCAUGAGCAGUCAAGAUCAGGUGUCAUGGAAUUCUAUAAUCUCUGGUCUUGAUCAGAAUGGAAUUUUUGAGGAGGCACUACAAUAUUUUAAUGAUAUGAUGAGAGCCGGUUUUAUGCCUUCAAAUUUCUCCAUAAUUAGUUCACUAAGUUCUAGUGCAAGCUUGAAAUUUUUAGGAUUCGGUUCACAAGUGCAUUGUGUUGCAUCAAAAAUAGGACUUGAUAAAGAUAUCUCUGUUUCGAAUUCACUCAUAGCAAUGUAUGGAGAAUCUUUAAGUAUACCCGAAUGCUGGAAAAUCUUUUUUUCAAUGCCUGACUAUGAUCAAAUUUCUUGGAAUUCUAUGCUUGGAAUACUAGCCAGUUCUGAGGCAUCAUUGGAGGAAUCACUUACACUCUUUUUGGAUAUGAUGCAAAACGGAUGGAAACCAAAUAGAGUGACAUUUGUUAACCUUAUUGCAGCUUUAACACCAUGUUCUGCUCUUGAAUUUGGGAAGGAGCUGCAUUGUUUAGCUGAGAAGUGUGGGAUGUCUGAUGACACUGCUGUGGAGAAUGGAUUUCUAUCUCUCUAUUCUAAAUCAGGGGACAUGGAAUCUACUGAAUGCCUCUUUGCCCGAAUGUUUUACAGGAGGGAUGAUGUGUCGUGGAAUACCAUGGUUGCUGGUUAUGUUCAUAAUGGACUCUUAUCAAAGGCCAUGGAUCUUGUUUGGCUUAUGAUACAUACCGACCAAAAACUGGAUUGCUGCACCUUCACCACUGUUCUAAGCGCAUGCUCCUCUGUGGCGGCAUUGGAGAGAGGUAUGCAAAUCCAUGCUUUUGGAAUAAGAGCUAAAUUGGAAUCUGAUGUUGUCGUUGAGAGUGCACUUGUUGACAUGUACUCCAAAUGUGGACGAAUAGACUAUGCCUCAAAGGUUUUCAACUUCAUGCCUCUGAAAAAUGAAUACUCAUGGAAUGCUAUGAUUUCCGGUUAUGCCCGACAUGGGCAAGGUGUAAAGGCUUUAGAGCUAUUCAGAAUGAUGCAGGAUAGUAACCUGCAACCAGAUCACGUCACCUUUGUUGGUGUUCUCUCUGCCUGCAGCCAUACUGGUUUAGUGGAACAAGGCCUAGAUUUUUUUGAUUCCAUGAGCAAGAAAUACAAUUUGAUUCCUCGAAUUGAGCAUUAUUCAUGUGUGGUUGAUCUUUUGGGUCGAGCAGGUGAGAUUGACAAGAUGGAAGAGUUUUUAAAAGCUAUGAAAAUUGCCCCUAAUAGUCUCAUAUGGAGGACAGUGCUGGGGGCUUGUUGCAGAUUAAAAGUUGGAACAAAGACAAACUUAUUCAAGCAUGCAUCGGAAAUGCUUCUUGAACUGGAACCUCAUAAUCCAGGGACUUAUGUUCUUAUUUCUAAUCUUUAUGCUUCCAAAGGGAGAUGGGAAGGUGCGGCAAAAGCAAGGGUCUCAUUGAGGGGUGCUCAAGUGAAGAAAGAAGCUGGUUGUAGCUGGGUCACUCUCAGGGAUGGUGUGCAUGUAUUUCGAUCUGGAGAUAGGACACACCCGGAUAUGGAGAAGAUACAUGACAAGCUACAUUUCUUGAAACAAAAAAUGAAGGAAAUAGGUUAUGUUCCUCAAACUGAGCUUGCUUGGUACGACAUUGAAGCAGAGAGCAAGGAAGAGCUGCUCAGCUACCAUAGUGAGAAGCUUGCACUUGCAUUUGUUCUCACUAGAUCUUUAGGGGUGCCUAUAAGGAUCAUGAAAAACCUUAGAGUUUGUGGUGAUUGUCACUUGGCAUUUUGCUACAUUUCUAAGGUCAUUGGACGACAAAUAAUUUUACGAGAUUAUAAUCGGUUUCAUCACUUCGAAGAUGGAACGUGUUCCUGUGGGGAUUUCUGGUGAAUGACCAUAGCUUGUUUGCUUUGGGCUUCACAAAUUUACUGAUCUAAUAGAUGCUUCUGAAGAGGGCAGAAUAAAAUUUUUGUUGCAUUUCUGAAAUUAUCCUAAAAUAACUUAAAAACAGAUUUCAGCAAAUAGCAGGAAUUCAUGAUUGAAGGCUGGGUGAUUGCAUCACUUGAAUGGUACUCGAUGAGUCAUUUUCAGUUUGUUUUAGACACUGAUAGUGAUCCGACACGUGGAAUGAUAUCUCCAAGUAAAUAUUGCAAAUACAGAGUUUGGUGCAGUACAAUUCAGAUAAUCCUCAGAUUAGGGCUUCUUUUUAAUGUCACCUUUUAUUCAGACCUGGAUUGUUUUAACAUCAGUUUACAGAGGCAAUAUCAUUCAACCAAAGAGCAUAAUAUCUUACGCAAUGGACUUGGUGAUCAUAAUGCGCAUUGAUUUUCUUACAAGUAAAAGGGCUUUUUGGCAUAAAGAAGUUCGAGCAUCUUCCAAAUGUUGUAUUCCCUCUUCUCCCAGCCUAAAGCAUCCAUUCUUAAGCUAAUCUAAAUUCGAGAUUCGAUAAAAUAGGAUAUGUUGAUUUGAACCUCUUCCAUGAAGUUGCGUGCAGCAUCAUCUUUACCAAUCAUAACAACGCUAUUUAUAUACUACUUCUUAAGGCCGCUCUUAAGCCAUCCCUUUCUUUCAUUAUGCUUGGAUGAGACUGAUUGUGAUGACGGCUCUAUCUGAAAAAUUUUCUAUUGAUAUUUCUGAAUGGAAAAAAGGGCCUGACUAAUGAUGCAAUGAUCCAUCAUCACAGGAAGAUCCACACCCAAAACAGGUGAAGGAAGAGCAACCAUGUGGAACUUCAUCUUUCAAUGAGGUCAACUUGAAAUCAUUACCCAAAUCUUGAUGAAUCUAUCGAUAUUGCUUCCAAGGUGAAAUAUUCAUAUUACUUUUUUCAUUUCUUACGUACAAGAAGCAGAAUUGAAAGACCACUACUUUAUCCUGAUGC